AUGGAGGAUAUGAAUAAUUUUGAUGUUAAAGAAGAGAAGAAACACAAAAAGUAUAUAAUUCAUCCAGAUACUCCGAUAGAAUUUGAAAAGUAUAAAUACUAUUGGAAUGAGUCACAUCCAGAACUGAAAGGAGUCAUGAAUGUCUGUGAGUACCGGAUCAGUUGGAUGAUUGAUUUGAGGGAACUUUAUGAGACCUAUGCUCCGGACGGUUCUAAAAUCAAAUCUUUGUAUUAUCGAUGCCACUUUGCGCAGUCAUGUAUGGGAUUGGAGUGUCGGGUGGAUAGUCGGCUCUUUGUUCCGCCAAUCUUUCUCACCGUUUUCAUCACAAUCUUCUGGGUAUUUAAAAAGAUGUUAUGGAGAGAUAUGAAGCGAGUCGAGCGGAUUCAACGGGAAGCCCGUCUAGCUGAAGACCAGGGCACCGUACGUGUCGAGGAUGGCCCCCCGUCCUACAACGCCGUCUUCUCCCUGGUCCCACCCUCCUACGAAUCUGUUAUGCUGGGAAAAAUGACGUAUUCUGCAUCUUCUUCUGCAUCUUCUUCUGUAUCUACAUCGUAG